UAGUAUCUGUAAUUUAAUUCAACCUUACAAAAGUGCCGGAUACCCAUUGUUCAUAAAUAAGAGUUUGGGAGAUCAGAGUGCAACAAUUAAUUAAGCUAAUAUUAAAGGCUCGUUUAAGUCGUUAUAAUAUUAAUAUGUUAUUGUAUAUGUUAUUGGAAUGCAUCUAUCCGAAACGUCAUGGUGCUGUUAUCAGUACUAUUGAUAAAAAAAAGCGGCAUUAUCAAAACACAUUAAAAACUGUUAUCAGUAUUAAGAUUAAAAUUAAAAGUUAUCGCUUGGCACUUUGGCAGUUCAGUAACAGAAUAGAUUUCAAUACAUAAUAUUAUACAUAGAUUUAUUCUAAAUAUAUGUAUAAUAUUAUGUAUUUAUCGCAAAUCAUGUUAUAAAAUCGAAAAUUCAGCCACCUCUGACUUAAGUAAGAUUUAAAACUGUCUUUUGGCGAUGGAAGCCAACGAAACAACUGACGACGAAAGUAGUUACGAGUUCUCGACGUUAAAAUGUCAGUGGUCGUUGACUGACUCGCCCACUGAGUCGGUACACCUGAAAGUGGCGUUUUGCGACGGGGCGGCUGACGAUCAGGCGCGGAAGGCGUUGCGAGCAACCGCGAUAGUGAACACGUCGAUCGGUGAUUAUGUAGCGUACACGGGAUUUGUCACCGGUGACAGGGCAGCUGAUCAGAGCCUACAUUCGGGGGUUCAACGCGACGUCGACAAACCGACAGCCAUUCGCAUUUGGUUACGGGACUCUCGAGCCGCGUUAGUUCGCAGUGGCGACGAGCCGACAGUGAAAUACGAAUACCAUUUGCAACGGGGAGACGAUAACGGCGACCGACUGAUUACGUUGGCGUGGAAGAUUAAACUCGAUCCGUUCGGUUUGGCGACGCUUGGCAUGGUUCGGAUGAGAGAGGUGACGCCGACGACGUCGGUGAUGUGCACUUCGUUCAUCACACCGCUUAUUUGUUUACUGUCUGCUGAACGGAAACGUCAAGAACUAUCCGAUCUGGCUGCUGCGGAACGCGAGCGACGUCAGUCCGAAGACAACCACCGACUGUUGAACGAAGUGCGGUCGAUGGUCGAUGGCCGACGGUUGGACGAUCAGCGGCUAAUGGCUCGGUUCGUGGAGGUUUUGAAUGCGAAGAAGCAGCGGAUAGCUGACUUACGACAGGAGUUAGCCGAGUUGAAGUCUGAGCAGACUGUGCCACAGCCAGUGGUCGUCGCCGUUGAACAAGAUAAAGUUGUAAGUCGAAGACGGCGAGGACGUGGUUCGUGUCGUGGCCGACCCAGGUCGAUCAAAAAGAUUAAACAGUGUAUGACUGGUGGCAGGGACAUGAAAUGGAAUUCUUCCUCGUCUGGAGAUGAGAAUGCCUCUUUACGACGUCCCAAUAAUAAUAUCCAGUGUCCUGAGCCUAUGGAAAUAGGUGGAUUGAAUGGUAUCAAUAUAUCUGGUAAUGUAGUUUCAGAUGUCGAGGAGACUCUGAUAUCUACUUCAAUACCAGCGUCUCUUACAGCACCAGUUUCUCCUAUUAUCCCAGUAUCUACUUCAGCUGAGAACAUACCAGUCGAUCCCAAGUACUUGGCCGACACUCAAAUAGAUUCACCUGACAGUUCACCGACAUGGUUGCAACAGCCAUUGACAGUUUCAUCAUCGUCUCAGCUGCAGCCAUCAAUAAAUCAGCGUGAUGGACCCGAACUACCAAAAAAAAAGUCUGUACUCGAUGACUUAUGGUCUGGUAUUUUAUAAUUGGUAAUGUUGUAUUGAAUCAAACAAUCACAUUACCAUAUCUAUUGGUUGUUUAUUUUUUAACAUUUUUACUUUUGUAUUGUUAUAUCUAUUUUUAGAUUUAGAUACAGCUAU